UCAUGUGAUGUCAUUGCUGUGCGACACUACACAUGGGAGAACGUGUGAUGGUUGCUGCAGUGUACGGUAUAGAUCAGAUGUAGUGCACGAGUCAGGAUGUCACUGUUUGUCAUUAACAGGUACCUCGGAGAUGAGGUGGAUUCAUCUAAAGAUCGCUCCAAAGCUUUGCUGGAGAAGCUCCGCCAACAAGCCAGGAAUCGCCAAUUAGAACUUCAGGAUAAGAAAAAGGGAAUACAUGAAGGUAUUAAGUCCAGCAAUGAGGAGGAAGAUGAUAAUACUAAAACCAAUGACCACAAAGAGGAACCUGAAAUAAAGAGAAAAGCGAAAAAGCGAAAGAAAAGUCUCCCCGACACAACUGGUGAAGUUAAAAAAUCCACCAGUGAUGCUAAACUGAAAGAAGAACAAGGGACUGAGGAAGUAAAGGUGAAAAAACUGCGCAAAAAGAAAAUCCCAAAAGAAAUACAGGAGAGUGUUACCCCAGAAGAACCAAAAGAAGAUGCAAAGGUGGAAGAGAAAAGUUCUGCUAAUGCUAGCACCUCAGAUCCAAACUCCCUCAUGCUAGGUGGCUUUGAGGCUAAACCUAUUCAGAAGGUGAUGCCAGUUCUACCACAGUGGUUGGCAAAGCCUUCUGUUGUUCACAGGGAAAUCAAGCAGAACCUAGUUUCAAUUCCUGAUGUCCCUGGUUUGCAUCCUAAGCUUGCAAUUAAACUAAAAGCCAACAAAGUGCAUUCCUUUUUUCCAGUUCAAGCUGAGGUUAUACCAGCUAUCCUGGAGAGCUGCACUCAUGGAUUUCUUCUGGGACGGGGAGGAUAUCGCCCCAGUGAUAUUUGUGUGUCUGCACCCACUGGCAGUGGAAAGACUCUGGCUUUUGUCAUUCCCAUCGUACAGGCUUUACUGCAACGUGUUGUAUGUGAGGUUCGCGCUCUUGUCGUGUUACCCACCAAGGAGUUGGCACAACAGGUGUGCAAGGUGUUUAACAUUUACGUGGAUGGUACCGGACUGAAAGUUGUCUUGGUAGCAGGUCUUAAAUCAUUUGCUAAGGAGCAGGAGACUUUGGUAGUUAGAAAAUUGUCUGCAUUCUGCAGUUUGGCCGACAUCAUUGUGUGCACGCCAGGAAGGCUUGUUGAUCACAUUCAGCAGACAGAGGGAUUCACUCUUAGACAUCUGCGCUUCUUGGUUAUUGAUGAAGCAGAUCGUAUGAUUGAUUCUAUGAAUCAGGACUGGCUCCCUCAUGUUACUAAGGCAGCGUUUAAAGUGCAUUCGGAUACUCAUCCAAUGCUUUUUGCCAGGAAAGAGCAUGUAGUGGCCACUGUCGCCAAUUCUAGCCAGUGUCGGAUCCCCUUGCAGAAACUGCUCUUCUCUGCCACUUUGACUCACAAUCCCGAGAAGCUUCAACAGCUAGGCCUGUACCAGCCUCGUUUAUUUUCUUCCGUCCACAAACAGACACACAAGACCACUGCUGAGAACCCAGAAGAACGCAUCUCUUCUGGAAACUUCUCACUUCCAGAGGGCCUAACGCAUUAUUACAUUCCCUGUAACCUAAACUCCAAGCCUCUAAUACUCCUACACUUUUUGCACACUCUUCGCUUCUCUCGUGUGCUCUGCUUCGCCAACUCCAGGGAGUCCUCUCACCGCCUAUUCCUUCUUGUAAAGCUCUAUGGAGGGACUACCGUGGCUGAAUUCUCUUCUCGUCUCAGCCCUGGGGAAAGGAAGAAGACCUUGAAGGAGUUUGAGCAGGGAAAGCUACAGCUGUUAAUUAGUACAGAUGCCACAGCCAGAGGAAUAGACAUUAAAGGAGUGAAGUGUAUAAUAAACUACGAUGCUCCACAGUUCAUCAGAUCGUACAUUCACAGAGUGGGCAGGACGGCUCGUGCAGGGAAGUCGGGUCUGGCAUUUACAAUGCUUCUGAAAAUCCAGGAGCAGAGGUAUUUCAACAUGUUGAAAGAAGCUGGAGUACCAAAGCUAUUGAAGCAACUGGUGAAGAGGGACAAUCUGAGGCAAUUUGAGCAGAGAUAUGAAGAGGCUCUUUCUCAACUACAGCAGGCUGUUAAGGAUGAACGAGCUCAGAAACGUUGUUGAGUUGAGAAUUCCUCUCUCUGCUAUUGGAAGGUAUUUGGUUCCAUUUUUGGAACUGUUGGUCCGUGAACUAGCAUCCCCUGAGGCGUAAUCUGGUAGAACUUUACAGAGGAAGACCAUCACUCUCCAUGCUCAUGACAAAUCAGGAGAUCUACUGCCAGUAUUCUCUGUGUGCUGCAAAAACUUGUUUUAUGGAACAACAUACAUACAACAUAUAAAGACUGAUUUUUAUCACUGAUGAAUUAUUUAAAUAUUUACAUUUUCCUUUUGAUACUGAUGAAAUCUAUAUACAGAAGAGAACUUCAUGUGCUUUUUAUUAA